UUGGUAUCCCACGUGCACCUUCUUGCGUAUGAGUCACAUCGACAUAAGCAUCUGUAAUCUGCCUUCAAUUCAGCCAGAUCAAUCCAUGUUAUUUUUGUCAAGAAACCCUCCAUCUCAUCCCGAAACAUGGAAAUUUUGGAUCAAUUGGGAAUUCCGCUGUUGCGCACUCCCGAAGACCCCCGCCCCGUUGUUGUCAUGACAUGUGGAAUCGCAGGCUCAGGCAAAUCAACCCUGUCCAAAGCUAUUAUCGCCCGACACCCAAACUUUGUUCGUCUGUCCAUCGAUAGCAUUGUCUACGCCAGGCAUGGCCUGUAUGGCGCCGACUAUUCCCCUGACAAGCUUGAGGAUUACCAAGCGGAAGCCGACACCGAGUGCAGGAGAACAUUGAUGCAUUUGCUGGAUCAGGGCGAACGGGAUAUCGUCCUCGAUCGAGCAUUAUACAGCCGAGAAGAUCGCGAUUACUUCAAGAAGGUAGUGGAGGAGAAGGGAGGAAGAUGGAUCCUGGUUUUCUUUCGUCCCGCCAGGAAGGAUGUGAUUUGGAACCGAAUCCAGAGACGGAGGGAAGCGGGCGUCGACGGGGAUUCCGCGGUGGAGAUAACACCUGAGGUUCUGGACGCGUACUGGGACGGCUUUGAGAAGCCAGAAGGGGAGGGCGAGAUUGUCGUUGAUGUCACAGAGUGACUCGGUCAUGGGAGUAAAAAUUUCAAUCGGUACCUAGCUGUGCAGUAUCUGAUCACAGCACAUACUCUCCGGGGUUCCAGAAGCGCCAUUCCCACUCAGCCGCCCAGGAGAGCUACAUGUACACGAGCACACAACUCAUUAUUGAAAUUGAGGUACCGGCUCAUUGGCAAACUCUCUAUGGUGCCUUACAUGUACUUAGACGAUCCAGUGGAAGGUUGGGACCGUCAUGGUUCUGGCCAAAUGGCGAUGGGC